AUGGAAACGCCUACACCCCCAUCACAUACAGCCCAGUAUACAAAUACAAGUAGUUUGGAUAGGUUCGCCUUCUAUCCGAAUGCUGCAAUUUUAGAUGUUACAAAAAUAUUACCUGGCAUAGAUUUGGAAAGGUGCGCUGCUGAGUGUCUGCAACAAGAAGAAUUCCUGUGCAAAUCAUUUCAAUUCACUGGAACUGCAUGCUUUUUGAACGUGAAGAAUUCGGCAUCUGUACCACUUAAUACAUAUGAAGAUGGCUCUUAUGAUUAUUACGAAAGAAUUGAUAUAGGACCAGUGUCAUCCUUUGAGAUUGUGCCAAACUCUGUGUUGCCUAAUCAGAACGUCGAAGUACAUCCCGACUUUAUGUUAGAGGCAUGUGCGGAGCUUUGCCUUGCCUCAACCUCAUUUUACUGUGCUUCCUUUGAGUUUAAUCGUUUUACCUAUCAAUGUUCCUUAAGCAAUGUUAUCCGUCAGACAGCAAAUCCACCAAUUCGCAGUGAUUAUCCGAACAACCCUUAUGAUUACUACGAACGAAAAACAAUUGGUACUAAGGAUCCAAAGAUUUUCUGUCCUUCAAGUGAUUCGAUUUUUACAACAUCAACUGUGAACUAUGCUGCACCAACAACUGAUAAUAGUAACCACCCUCCUUCAGUCACAUGUGACCCUCCAUCUGGGUCUUUAUUUCCUGAUGGUGUAAGUAGUGUUGAGUGUACUGCGAGUGACCAAUUCAACAAAACCGCGUCCUGCAAUUUUAAUAUAACAGUCGAUACUAUAGAUCCGAAGAUUAGCUGUUCUUCGAGUGCUUUGAUUUGGUCAACAUCAACUGUGAACUACAAAGAACCUAUAGCUACCGAUGGUAAUAAAGCUCCUCCAUCAGUCACGUGUUAUCCUCCGUCCGGGUCUCUAUUUCCAGACGGUGUAAGUACUGUUGAGUGUACCUCCAAUGAUCAAGCUAACAACACCGCGUCUUGUAGGUUUAAUUUAACAGUCGAUACUAUAGAUCCCAAGAUUACCUGUCCCAGAGAUACAAUGUGGUCAACAUCAACUGUGAACUACAAUGAACCCAUAGCUAGUGAUGAUAAUAACCCUCCUCCAUCAGUCACGUGUUAUCCUCCAUCUAGGUCUCUAUUUCCAGACGGUGCAACUAGUAGUGUUGAAUGUAUUGCAAGUGAUCAAGCUAACAACACCGCGUCCUGUAGGUUUAAUGUAACAGUCGAUACUAUAGAUCCCAAGAUUACCUGUCCUAGUGAUACAAUGUGGUCAAUAGCAACUGUGAACUACAAAGACCCCAUAGCUACUGAUGGUAAUAACCCUCUUCCAUCAGUCACGUGUUAUCCUCCAUCCAGGUCUCUAUUUCCUGAGGGUGAAAGUCGUGUUGAGUGUACCUCCAGUGACCAAGCCAACAACACCGCGUCCUGUAGUUUUAAUAUUACAGUCGAUACUAUACAUCCCAAGAUUGACUGCCCUUCGAGUGAUUCGAUUUGGUCAACAUCAACUGUGAACUACAAUGAACCCAUAGCUACUGAUGGUAAUAACCAUCUUCCAUCAGUCACGUGUUAUCCUCCGUCCAGGUCUCUAUUUCCUGAGGGUGAAAGUAGUGUUGAGUGUACCGCCAGUGACCAAGCCAACAACACCGCAUUCUGUAGUUUUAAUGUUACAGUCGAUACUAUACAUCCCAAGAUUGACUGCCCUUCGAGUGAUCUGAUUUGGCCAACAUCAACUGUGAACUACAAAGACCCCAUAGCUACUGAUGGUAAUAACCCUCUUCCAUCAGUCACGUGUUAUCCUCCAUCCAGGUCUCUAUUUCCAGACGGUGUAAGUACUGUUGAGUGUACCUCCAGUGAUCAAGCUAACAACUCCGCAUCCUGUAGUUUUAAUAUUACAGUCGAUACUAUACAUCCCAAGAUUGACUGCCCUUCGAGUGAUUCGAUUUGGUCAACAUCGACUGUAAACUACAAAGACCCCAUAGCUACUGAUGGUAAUAACCCUACCCCAUCAGUCACGUGUUAUCCUCCGUCCAGGUCUCUAUUUCCAGACGGUGUAAGUACUGUUGAGUGUACCGCCAGUGACCAAGCCAACAACACCGCGUCCUGUAGUUUUAAUAUAACAGUUGAUACUGUAGAUCCCAAGAUUACCUGUCCUAGUGAUACAAUGUGGUCAACAUCAACUGUGAACUACACUGAACCCAUAGCUACUGAUGGUAAUAACCCUCCUCCAUCAGUCACGUGUUAUCCUCUAUCCGGAUCUCUAUUUCAUGAGGGUGUAGGUAGUGUUGAGUGUACCUCCAGUGACAAAGCUAACAACAUCGCGUCCUGUAGUUUUAAUAUUACAGUCGAUACUAUACAUCCCAAGAUUGACUGCCCUUCGAGUGAUUCGAUUUGGUCAACAUCAACUGUGAACUACAAAGAACCCAUAGCUACUGAUGGUAAUAACCCUCCUCCAUCAGUCACAUGUUAUCCUCCAUCCGGGUAUCUAUUUCCUGAGGGUGAAAGUAGUGUUGAGUGUACCGCCAGUGACCAAGCCAACAACACCGCGUCCUGUAUGUUUAAUAUAACAGUCGAUACUAUACAUCCCAAGAUUGACUGCCCUUCGAGUGAUUCGAUUUGGUCAACAUCAGCUGUGAACUACAAAGAACCCAUAGCUACUGAUGGUAAUAACCCUCUUCCAUCAGUCACGUGUUAUCCUCCGUCCAGGUCUCUAUUUCCUGAGGGUGUAAGUACUGUUGAGUGUACCUCCAGUGACCAAGCCAACAACACCGCGUCCUGUAGUUUUAAUAUUACAGUCGAUACUAUACAUCCCAAGAUUGACUGCCCUUCGAGUGAUCCGAUUUGGUCAACAUCAACUGUGAACUACAAUGAACCCAUAGCUACUGAUGGUAAUAACCCUCCUCCAUCAGUCACAUGUUAUCCUCCAUCCGGGUAUCUAUUUCCAGACGGUGUAAGUAGUGUUGAGUGUACCUCCAGUGAUCAAGCUAACAACACCGCGUCCUGUAGUUUUAAUAUUACAGUCGAUACUAUACAUCCCAAGAUUGACUGCCCUUCGAGUGAUUCGAUUUGGUCAACAUCAACUGUGAACUACAAAGAACCCAUAGCUACUGAUGGUAAUAACGCUCCUCCAUCAGUCACAUGUUAUCCUCCAUCCGGGUAUCUAUUUCCAGACGGUGUAAGUAAUGCUGAGUGUACCGCCAGUGACCAAGCCAACAACACCGCGUCCUGUAGAUUUAAUAUUACAGUCGAUACCAUACAUCCCAAGAUUGACUGCCCUUCGAGUGAUCCGAUUUGGCCAACAUCAACUGUGAACUACAAAGACCCCAUAGCUACUGAUGGUAAUAACCCUCCUCCAUCAGUCACGUGUUAUCCUCCAUCCAGGUCUCUAUUUCCUGAGGGUGAAAGUAGUGUUGAGUGUACCUCCAGUGACCAAGCCAACAACACCGCGUCCUGUAUGUUUAAUAUAACAGUCGAUACUACUCCACCAAGCAUCACGUGUCCAAAAGAUAUUGUAACUGAGCAAACUUCACCGAAUUGGAAAGAACCCGUACCGACAGAUGAAUUCGGGGUCAAGACGACGGAGUGCAAUCCACAGCCAAAUACAAUCUACCAGGUUGGAUCUGCAAACUUAAUCACAUGCCUGGCAGAGGACUAUGCACAAAACAAAAACGAUUGCUCAUUUCUUAUACUUAUAGAAACUAGUCUCACUGAAGAAAUCGCAAACAUUACUUUAGAUGUUACUGUAAAUAAUGUUGAUGUUGUUGCUAGCAAACUAGACAAUAUUACAGAAAGUGCUGAAGUCUUGAAGCCUGCCGACGUUGUAGAAGUUUCUAAUGGGUUAACAGACAUCGUAGCCAUAAACUCUACUAACAAAAAUGUUACGGAAGCUGUCAUCGACACAAUUGAUAAUCUGUUUGAAUAUUUAGACGAUAACAACACUGCUCUCAUUGAAGCCUCUGCAGUAAUUCUUGGAUCUCUUGAGCAGCAAGUUGGCACAGCUGCUAGUGAUGGUCAGAAUUUCACCGACCAUGCCGAGAACUUUGCCGUCCAAACUAGUAGUUUCAGUUCGGAGGCGCUGUCUUCAGAUGUCCUUUUCUCUGUUAAUCAGAAUACGAUGCAGACAAGCGCUUGCUUUAAAGACUGCCAAAAGAAGUCAGAUUUAUCGAUUAAGUUACCAAAGAACAUUUUAAAGGGGCUGAAUGGGACACAAGUAAACGUUAGCUUCGUUGUGUUUAACAGCGACGCCCUCUUUCCAUCAGAAACUGUAAAAUCAUCUAACAGGCUUACUUCUGGUGUGGUUCUCGCGGCAACUAUCUAUGACGAAAGUCUACCGAAAAUAUUUGAUGACCCCGUUGAACUUGUCUUCAGUGUUCCAACGAAUCUAUCAGCGGAAAAUGCGAGCUGUGUAUUUUGGAAUGAAACUCUACGUGAUUGGUCAAAUGUUGGUUGCAUUAGUCAUAAAGUCGAAGGAGAUAAGAUAACGUGUCAAUGUAAACACUUGACUAAUUUUGCUGUUCUUAUGUUUCCGCAGACGAACAAACCAAGCCCUGUUAAGACUUUUUUAGACGUGGUGACGAUCAUCGGCUGUAGCACAUCUAUAAUCUGUCUUAUUAUUACAUUGGUUACCAUUCUGAGUGCAAAAAACAUCAGAAGUCGUCAACCACAAAAGAUAAUGAUCAAUUUGUGUAUAUCACUGUUAUGCUUGUACAUCUUGUUCAUAUUGGGCGUGGACCAUGCUAAGCCUGGAAACAGUGGGUGUACAGCCGUAGCGGUUCUUGUGCAUUACUUCCUUUUAACAUCGGCAUCGUGGACGUUAGUGGAGGCCAUCAAUAUGUAUUUCUUAUUUAUUAAAGUCUUCAAUCUGCCCGGCAGGAAGUUCAUAUGGAUAGCUGCAUGCCUGGCCUGGGGUGCGCCGUUGUUAUUGGUUAUUGUGUUGUCAAUAGCAUCAUCAGAUUUAUACAUCAACGAAACGUACUGCUACAUUAACAGUUCCAAAGGGAAACUUCUCUUGGCUUUUGUGAUUUUACCAUUCAGUGUAAUCAUCUUCUGCAACAUCGUCAUCUUUGUAAUGGUCAUCAGGAAGCUAUUUCUACAGGAAUCAGUUCCAGGAAAGAUUGCCGCCAAAUCUGGGAAUGAUAAAAAGAAGCGCGUUCUAAACGCUAUAGCUAUUUCAAGCCUGCUAGGCCUUACAUGGAUUUUUGGAUUCUUGGCGUUUGAACACGCAGCACAGCUACCGUUUCUGGUUCUUUUCUGUGUCUUCAACUCGUUCCAAGGAGCUGCUAUUUUCUAUUUAUUCUGCUUCAGACAAAAGGAAUGUAAAGAUAUCUGGCGCUCGUGGUUUAGAGGAUUGACAAAUAAAAUGUCAAAUACUCUGCGAAGAAUGUCAGUACAGGACACUUCAUUGUUCACCGUUACUGAUUUAUCAAGCUCGCAAAAAGCAGAAACUCCAGCAAGCAUUUCGCUUUCAGUGAUUCACACUUAAAAUAAUACAAUGUCCAGAAUAAUUCAGUAACAUUGUAGAUUAGGCCUUUACAAAACUUUUCACAGAUUGUUUACAACGUUGUUGCUUGUUAUUCUUUGUAGUUUAAAUUAUCAUUUGCUUCUAAACAGAACAAGUACCCGAAAUUUACGGCACAAAAAACUAUAACGAUUGAUCUAGAAAAACUACAUAAGGUUUUCUGGUCUCAGGAUUUCUUUCUGACAGAAAUUCUAAGAAAAUAUUUUGUUUAAAUGGUAAUGCAGUUAUAUUUACAUAGUGCCUUAUACCAAAACGAUCACAACGCGCUUGAGGUGUGGACGAGCUCUUACAGUAACUUGCUUCUCUGCUAAGGGUCUCUUCGUGUCUGAGUUUCUGAAGUCAAAUGACGAGGUCAAGUCUAGACACAUUGUUACUCAUACUGGUGUACCUCAAGUUAUAUACAUCUGACUUUUAAUGUACUCACACAGAUGUUCCAGUAGAGUUUGCUGAUGAUACUGCAUUACUUGGUCUUAUUAAGAAAGAUGAUGACAGCCAUCAUAUGGCUGAAAUUACUUCUUUUAAGUACUGUGAUGACAAUUAUCUCAUACUUAAUAUGAAAACCAAAGAAAUUGUUAUUGACUUUUGUAAAAAUAUAACAAAUAUUGAUAAUGUUGUUAUUAAUUAUAUGUGUUGAAAAAGUGUCUACUUAUAAAUAUCCUGGGGUCGUCUUCGAUGACAAACUCAAAUGGGAAGAUCAGAUUGAUAAAUUGAUGAAAAAACUUAACUCUCGUACGGUAUGUAUUGCCUUCGUAAAAUGAAAGAGUUUAACGCUAGAAGUGAUAUUAGCAUUAAGCCUAUGUUCUAUCAGUGAUUUGCGGUGUCUUGGCUUAUUGUUUAACAUCCUGGGGAGGUAAUGCUUCGAAGAAAGAAAUUGGGAGGAUUGAUCGGUUAACAAAGAAAACCGGAAAAAAAUACUGAUACGUGUCUAGAUUAUCUUGACUCAUAAAGACUUGAAGAUGUUAUUCACAUCCAUACUAGAUGAUGAAACUGACCCACUUCAUGAGAAGUUGAUUAGUUCUAUCAUACCUAGAAGUGGUAGGAUGCGUUUGCCCAACGUUCGCACAAGUCGUCAUCUUCACUCCUUUUUCCCUAUUGGCAUUAAACACUUUAAUACGAACUAUUGUAGAUACGAUCUAUACUGAGCGUUCGAUAUGAAUGGGAUCUAUACUUAAUAUUCAGUAUAGAUCCUAUGCUUAAUAUUCGGUAUGGAUAUGAUCGAUACUGUAUAUUAAGCGUUGAUAGAAAUGGCAAUAAGAAUUGUAGUAAUAAUAAUAAUAAUAAUAAUAAUAAUAAUAAUAAUAAUAAUAAUAAUAAAAAUAUGCAGCUUUCCAUUACUUAUUUAAGUAAUGUAUACUGUAGUGUUGUAUCAUAUUUUAUUCUGAAUGUAUUUUUAAGGUCUUUCCAUUCUUUUUUGUGUUCGAUUUUUGAUGUUUUAGUAUUUCAACGUUUUUUGUAUCUGAUGUUUUGAAUUAGUGUGAUGUACUUUUUGUAUUUAUAUUUGAAUGUAAUUUUAUAUGCAAGGUUUUAAGUUUUAUCGAGCAUUCAAUUUCUUCAUUUGGAGAAAAUAAAGUUAUUCUGAUUCUGAGCUACCCGGUAAACCGGUACUUCUCGUCUGUCUACGACAGGGGCUGAAUGGACUAGUACACCGGGGUAAUAACCCCUACUCGUCUCGAAAGAUGCACAGGACCAAAAUUGUGUACACUGGGUGGGACUACGGUUUAUAGUCCUUAUUAUCUGAGAAGUUGUUCACUGAAGUGCGAGUAGAGCUGAUGACGUAGACUCGGUAUAACAGUCACAGCCAUCUUGUUUACGUAAUAAAGACAUCGUAUAGCGCCACAUAUGAAAGGGGCUCAGUUGGAAAGUGAAAUUAGGUUAUAAGUACGUACAUAUGGUUCUACAAAAUAAGCGUUUUUAUCACCAAACUGUAACUUUAUUGUAACGUUCUUAUAACGUAAUAUUGUUAGCUGGGAAUGUAUAUUGUUUACGUUUACAUUGCCUUAUAGUCUGUAUAUUAAAGCUUAUUUUGCAAAAUAUAACAUUAGAGUGUAACGCACGAAGCUGAAAUUUAACGAUUUCCAAGAUGUACACCUCGUUCUGAUUUACCAAGAUAUACAAAAGUAAAAGAAAGAAAUAUCUGGCACGGUAUAGAUAGGGCUAUUUGGCCCCUUAUAAACCCCUGUGUUUAUUAUUUUUUGAAGCUGAGUAGAUUUAAAGCAGAUCAUCUUUUAAGAAUUCAGUUUACUCAUGGAGUAAACAUUUUGUAGGCUCGAUUGUGUCUAAGUAAAUAUUACAUCAUCUAUAAUUUUGAUGUCGAAAUUUGUAAUUUCCCAUAAGCACCCAAAACAUUUGGGAGUCAAAAUAUAAGACUUAUAUUUAACUAUUUAAAAUGUAUUAUUAGGCAUAUUUUCUUAUUUUGUCAUGUGAAUUGUGUAUUUGUUAACAGCAUUUCUUGGGGCUAUACAGUUCUGUAUGAUUUGUAAAAGAAUUUAAUGUACAUUAUUGUUAUUUUAUAUAGAAAUAAACUCAACUGAAAUUUGAUAACUUAUUUGAUCAUUUUAAUGGACUUUCCACUAAGCCACCCACUUUAAAUAUUAUUUCUAAGGUCCAGUGUAAACUUAAAAGCUGGAGCCCAGCAGAUGAUUAGCUCUAGCUUAAGUAGUUUCAACAAUAACUGUUCAAAUAUGAAUCAGUUUGUAAGUGGUAUCGUGUUUGUAAAGUUUGUUGUCUAUGA